UUAACCAAUUGACCCUCAGAUCAGAUCUAAUCUCUGCUCCUUCACAGUUGUGAAUUGCGAUACAAGCACAGAGAAAGAGAAAGGGAUCGGGCAUGUCGUCGCAUAACAAUUCGGCAUCGUCUGCGAACGAUCCACGCCAGCCAUCGGCGGCGAAGCCUUACUCGCCACCGAUGGUUUUGCCUCAAGAUCUUCCUGUCGAUUACGCUGGUUUCAUCGCCGUUAUUUUCGGAGUUGCUGGCGUCAUGUUUAGGUACAAGCUUUGCUCAUGGCUUGCAAUAAUUUUUUGUGCCCAAUCACUUGUCAACAUGAGAAAUGUCGAGAAUGAUCUGAAACAGGUUUCCAUGGCCUCCAUGUUUGCGAUCAUGGGUUUGGUGACGAACUACUUGGGGCCUGCACGACACAGUCCACAAGCACAGAAGUGAAAUUCCUUCGGUGAGCGAUUAGAAGAGAAAUAGUAAAGUCCCUCUUAUUUGAUGAUGAUUAUUGGUUGUGAUGACUUUAUUGACUAGUGAUUGCUGAUAUUACGAAUUUGGAGUGAACUGUGCACCUACAAUGUUGAAACUCAAUUAGUUAAUAGUAUCUCAUGGUUCGCAAUUUUUCUA